AAGCAAGUAAGAAAAAAAUUUUAUUUAAUCAAAUUUAUCUAGAAAAAUCGCGUUAAAAGUUUCCCAAAAGCAUGGGAGACUCUUUGGAAGGCACCGAACAACCGAGUGCCGAUGCAGAAAACGUCGUAAUUUGCGAAUACAAUGCAUUUACGAACUAUUUACGGAAAGCCAUCACCAUCUUCUUCGAGGAGGAGUUGAACGUGUCAGCCUUCAAUCAGGCAUUGGAGGACCGCGCGUCGCAAGAAUGCAUCAAAAAGUUCAUUGGCGACCCGCAAGUCAGCGCUUUGUACAUCCAACGAUGCAACUCCAAAGAUGAUGAAGGCGAACAAGCGACCGAAGGGGAUGAAGGAACGGACGCUGUUUCGUACAACAUCUCGAAUGAGGUCCAUUUUGCGAAUCAUCGGAUGUCUUCGUUGGUGGCCGUUAAACGUUCCACCGUCAUCGAAGCCGAUAAAUCCAUCCAUUCGCAAAUUCGGCUCAUCAAUUUCUCCGACGGGUCGCCUUAUGAGACGCUUCAUGCGUUCAUCAGCAAGUCCUUGGCACCCUAUUUCAAGAGUUACGUCAAGGAAUCGGGAAGAGCUGAUCGCGAUGGCGACAAAAUGGCACCAAGUGUCGAAAAGAAGCUCGCCGAGUUGGAAAUGGGAUUGCUGCAUUUGCAACAAAACAUCGACAUUCCCGAAAUUUCGCUCAUUGUGCAUCCAACGGUUGCUGCGACGAUCAAACGUUGCUCCGACGAAAACCGCAAGGCAAAAGUGGCGGACUUUGGGGACAAAGUGGAAGACUCGAGUUUCUUGAAUCAACUGCAAAACGGCGUAAAUCGUUGGAUUAAGGAGAUUCAAAAGGUAACGAAGCUCGAUCGUGACCCAUCAUCCGGUACCGCAUUGCAAGAAGUCUCGUUCUGGUUGAAUCUCGAACGUGCCUUGCACCGCAUCCAGGAAAAGCGGGAAUCGCAGGAAGUUGCUUUGACCUUGGAUAUCUUGAAGCAUGGCAAGCGUUUCCAUGCCACGGUCUCUUUUGACACCGAUACGGGACUCAAACAAGCUUUGGCGAUGGUUGCCGACUACAAUCCGCUCAUGAAAGACUUCCCCAUCAAUGAUUUGUUGUCCGCCACGGAGCUCGAACGCAUUCGUUCCGCAUUGCAAUUAAUUUUUGCGCAUUUACGGAAAGUUAGAAGCACCAAAUACCCGAUUCAGCGUGCCCUGCGUCUCAUCGAAGCCAUUUCGCGGGACUUGAGUCAACAAUUGUUGAAAGUUUUAGGUACGCGACGUCUCAUGCAUAUCCCCUUCGACGAAUUUGAGCGUGUCAUGAGUCAAUGUUUCGAGGUAUUCACGUGCUGGGACGACGAAUACGACAAAUUGCAGGGAUUGCUGCGAGAUAUCGUGAAGAAAAAGCGUGAUGAGCAACUUAAGAUGGUCUGGCGUGUCAAUCCGGCACACAAAAAGUUGCAAACACGCAUGGAAACGAUGCGCAAGUUCCGGCGUCAACAUGAGCAACUCAGAACUGUCAUCGUAAGGGUUUUGCGUCCCGUUAAACAAGCGCCCACGAGCGAAACGCAAGUCGAGGUGAAGCAAAGUUUCAGUAUCGAUGCCGCCGAUGCGAAUGCCAUCGAAGAAGUCAAUCUCGCGUAUGAAAAUGUCAAAGAGGUCGAUUGUUUGGACAUCACGAAGGAGGGCAGCGAAGCAUGGGAUGCCGCCUGCAAGCGUUACGAAGAACGAAUUGAUCGCGUAGAGACUCGAAUCACCGCUCAUUUGCGUGAUCAACUCGGAACAGCGAAAAAUGCCAACGAAAUGUUCCGUAUUUUCUCGCGUUUCAAUGCUUUGUUUGUUCGUCCCCACAUCCGAGGUGCAAUUCGCGAAUAUCAGACGCAACUUAUCCAACGUGUCAAGGACGACAUCGAAGCGUUGCACGAAAAAUUCAAAAUCCAGUAUCCGCAAAGCAAAAGUUGCCGCUUAUCUGUCGUACGAGACUUGCCACCUGUUGCUGGCAGCAUCAUAUGGGCACGACAAAUCGAUAAUCAGCUGACGAUGUACUUGAAACGCGUCGAAGAUGUUCUCGGAAAGGGUUGGGAGUCGCAUAUUGAGGGACAAAAGCUGAAAGCUGAUGGGGAUUCGUUCCGUGCAAAGUUAUCGACGAACGAGGUGUUCACCGAAUGGGCGAGAAAAGUGCAAGAACGCAACUUGGGCAUAAAUGGACGAAUCUUUUUGAUUGAAUCUGUGCGCUCCCGUACUGGACGUGGAAAUGUCCUGAAAUUGCGAGUAAAUUUCCUUCCGGAGAUCAUCACCUUGUACAAGGAAGUCCGUAAUUUGAAGAGUUUGGGCUUCCGUGUCCCAUUGGCGAUCGUUAACAAGGCUCAUCAAGCAAACCAACUUUAUCCGUUUGCUAUUUCGUUGAUUGAAAGUGUUCGUACUUACGAACGAACUCUUGAAAAGCUAAAUAAUAGGAGUUUAGCACAGAAUUCUGUAUUCAAGAUCGAAGAUCGUGCAAGUAUCAUCCCACUAGUUGCUGGUUUACGAAAAGACGUUCUCGGACUCGUUUCCGAAGGAAUUGCUCUCGUUUGGGAAAGUUACAAACUCGAUCCGUACGUUCAAAAACUCUCCGAAUGCGUAACUUCGUUCCAAGAAAAAGUCGAGGACUUGCUUGUGGUUGAAGAGCAACUCGAUGUCGAUGUCCGUUCAUUGGAAACAUGUCCUUAUAGCGCUGCCACGUUCGCUGACAUCAUUUCCAAGAUCCAACAUGCCGUCGAUGACUUGUCGUUGCGUCAAUAUUCCAACUUGCAUGUUUGGGUCACGCGUUUAGACGAAGAAGUCGAAAAGAAAUUAGCUUCUCGUUUGCAAGCCGGAAUCCAAGCAUGGACUGACGCGUUGAGUGGAAACAAGAAAGAAAUUGAUUUGUCGAUGGAUACGGAUGCGCCGGUUCAACCAACGAUUAAAGCAGGUGGCGAUCCGCAAAUUCAACAUGCCGUGCACGAGAUUCGCAUCACAAAUCAACAAAUGUACUUGUACCCGUCGAUCGAGGAAGCGCGUUUCCAAAUCAUGCAACAACUUUUUGCAUGGCAGGCAAUUGUGACAUCGCAAACUCGCUUGCAAAGCUCCCGUUAUCAAGUUGGUUUGGACAAGCCGGUCUCGCAAACUUAUCGGAAUUUGUUGAUAAAGUUGCCAAACGGACCUGAAACUUUGGAAAAUUCGUAUGAAGCGAUUGAUGAGAAAAUUUCCGAGGUCCAGAAAUACGUUGAAGAAUGGCUGCGUUAUCAGAGCUUGUGGGACUUGCAAGCCGACACGUUGUAUGGACGUCUUGGAGAAGAUGUCAACUUGUGGAUCAAGUGUUUGAAUGACAUCAAAAAAUCCCGUACAACGUUCGACACUUCAGAUACUCGUCGUGCUUAUGGACCAAUUGUCAUUGAUUAUGCCAAGGUACAAGCAAAGGUGACCUUGAAAUACGAUUCUUGGCAUAAAGAGGCUCUCAGCAAAUUUGGACAAUUGCUUGGAACGGAAAUGUCUACUUUCCAUUCUAAAGUUUCCAAGUCUCGUAGUGAUCUGGAACAACAAAGCAUUGAGGCUGCUUCUACAUCUGAUGCCGUAUCCUUCAUCACUUACGUCCAAACGUUGAAGAAAGAGAUGCUCCAAUGGGAGAAACAAGUCGAAACGUAUCACGAAGCGCAACGCAUUCUCGAACGUCAGCGUUUCCAAUUCCCCAACAACUGGUUGCACGUUGACAACAUCGAAGGCGAAUGGUCUGCCUUCAACGAAAUCAUGAAACGCAAAGACUCUGCCAUUCAAACGCAAGUUGCGAGCUUACAAGCGAAAAUUGUCGCCGAAGACAAGGCAGUCGAGACCCGUACUUCCGAAUUCCUCAACGAUUGGGAGAAAAACAAACCUACCGGAGGUCGCACUCGUCCCGAUGACGCAUUGAACCAACUUGCCCUCUUCGAGAGCAAAUUCUCCCGUUUGAAGGAGGAACGCGAUAACGUCGUAAAAGCCAAGGAAGCAUUGGAGUUGCAAGAAUCCGCUGUUGCUAACAACAGUACCGAACGCAUGAACGUCGUUCUCGAAGAAUUGCAAGAUUUACGUGGAGUUUGGGGCGAAUUAUCGAAAAUUUGGACUCAAAUUGACGAAACUCGUGAAAAACCGUGGUUGUCGAUUCAACCAAGGAAACUCCGUCAAUCUUUGGAAGCGAUGAUGACACAAUUGAAAGAACUUCCAGCACGUCUUCGCAUGUACGAAAGCUACGAAUAUGUCAAGAAAUUGUUGCAAGGCUACAUCAAGGUCAACAUGAUGAUCAUCGAGUUGAAAUCUGACGCAUUGAAAGAACGCCACUGGAAGCAACUCACAAAACAGUUGCGUGUCAAUUGGGUUUUGUCGGAUUUGACUCUCGGUCAAGUAUGGGACGUAAAUUUGCUGAAAAAUGAGGGAAUUGUAAAAGAUAUUAUUCUCGUGGCUCAAGGCGAAAUGGCACUUGAGGAGUUCUUGAAGCUCGUUCGUGAGUCGUGGUCCAAUUACGAACUUGAUUUGAUCUAUUAUCAGAACAAAUGUAAAAUUAUUCGUGGAUGGGACGAUCUUUUCACGAAAGUUAAGGAACAUAUUAACUCUGUAGCUGCGAUGAAAUUGUCUCCAUACUACAAGGUCUUCGAAGAAGAAGCUCUCACCUGGGAGGAAAAAUUGAAUCGCAUCAAUUCCUUGUUCGAUGUUUGGAUUGAUGUGCAACGCCGAUGGGUUUAUCUCGAAGGAAUUUUCUCGGGAAGUGCUGAUAUCAAAACUUUACUCCCUGUGGAGACUUCCCGCUUCCAAAGUAUCAGCUCCGAGUUCUUGGGAUUGAUGAAAAAGGUCGCCAAAUCCCCGAAAGUCAUGGAUGUUUUGAACAUUCAAGGAGUUCAGCGCUCAUUGGAACGCCUUGCUGACUUACUCGGCAAAAUCCAGAAGGCACUUGGCGAAUAUUUGGAACGAGAACGUACUUCCUUCCCACGUUUCUACUUCGUUGGUGACGAAGAUUUGUUGGAAAUCAUCGGCAACAGCAAAAAUGUCGCUCGUUUGCAGAAACACUUCAAGAAACUCUUUGCCGGCAUUGCUUCGAUCAUUUUGAAUGAGGAUAACACAAUAAUUCUCGGUAUUGCAUCGCGCGAAGGUGAAGAAGUCCAGUUCAUUCGUCCCGUAAAUUUGAUCGAAAACCCAAAAAUCAACGAAUGGCUCACUUUGGUCGAAAAAGAGAUGCGUUUCACACUUGCCUCGUAUCUCGCACAAGCCGUACAAGACAUCAAACAAUUCAAGGACGGACAAAUCGAUCCUGCCAAGUACAUGGAAUGGUGUGACAAGUAUCAGGCGCAAAUUGUCGUCUUGGCUGCCCAAAUUUUGUGGAGUGAGGAUGUUGAAGCUGCUCUUCGGCAAACCUCGGAGAAGCCAAAUGAUAAAACUUUCCUAAAUCGCGUCUUGAGUUCCGUGGAAGCGACACUUAAUGUGCUUGCGGACUCUGUUUUGCAAGAACAACCGCCCUUGCGACGCAAAAAAUUGGAACAUUUGAUCAACGAAUUCGUUCAUAAGCGUACCGUAACGCGUCGUUUGAUCGCUCAUGGCGUUUCAAAUCCAAAAUCGUUCCACUGGUUGUGCGAAAUGCGAUUCUAUUUUGAUCCGCGACAAGGAGAAGUCUUGCAACAAUUGACAAUUCACAUGGCAAACGCGAAAUUCUUCUACGGAUUCGAGUAUUUGGGAGUGCAAGAUCGUCUCGUACAAACUCCCUUGACAGAUCGGUGUUAUUUGACGAUGACACAAGCAUUGGAAGCGCGUCUCGGAGGAUCGCCCUUCGGUCCCGCUGGUACAGGAAAAACGGAAUCCGUUAAAGCGCUCGGUCAUCAACUCGGACGCUUCGUGCUUGUCUUCAAUUGUGACGAAACUUUCGAUUUCCAAGCGAUGGGACGUAUUUUCGUCGGUUUGUGUCAAGUUGGUGCUUGGGGUUGUUUCGACGAGUUCAAUCGUUUGGAGGAACGCAUGUUAUCUGCUUGCUCGCAGCAAAUCCAGACGAUCCAGGAGGCCCUCAAGAGUCAAGAAGACAACAAAACGAACAUCACUGUCGAGCUGGUGGGAAAACAAGUGCGCGUUUCCACAGACAUGGCAAUUUUCAUCACCAUGAAUCCCGGAUACGCUGGCCGCUCCAAUCUGCCAGAUAACUUGAAAAAACUGUUCAGAUCGUUGGCUAUGACGACACCCGACAGACAGCUCAUCGCUGAGGUCAUGUUGUUCAGUCAAGGUUUCCGAACAGCCGAGAAACUGGCAUGCAAGAUUGUGCCGUUCUUCAAGUUGUGCGACGAGCAGCUCUCGAACCAGAGUCACUACGAUUUCGGGUUGCGUGCUUUGAAGUCCGUGCUGAUUUCCGCUGGCAACGUUAAGCGUGAUCGUAUCAUGAAGAUCAAGGAACAGAAGACGCAACAGGGCGAAACGAACAUUGAUGAGGCUGCAAUUGCGGAAAAAUUACCGGAACAGGAAAUUUUGAUUCAAUCCGUGUGCGAAACGAUGGUCCCUAAAUUGGUGGCAGAAGAUAUUCCGCUACUUUUCUCGUUGUUGAACGACGUCUUCCCGAAUGUCGGAUACACGCGUGCCGAAAUGAAGGGAUUGAAGAACGAGAUUCGCAAAGUGUGCGCUGAAGAGUAUUUGGUGUGCGGCGAAGGAGACGAACAAGGAACGCAAUGGAUGGAAAAGGUAAGAAAUUUGAAUCGAAAGAAUUUUUGUAGCUGCUCGAGUUGGGCCAAAACAAUAAAAUUGGAAAUAUUUUGGAUUUUAUAA